UUUCACGUCAAAUCUCACCAUGCAAACUCACCCUCUCUCUCUAAAACCGCAACCCACCCCAUAACCACCAUUAACCACCGUCAAACCACCACCAACAAUGACACACAAUCCACCCAAUCUCACCACCCUAACCUCCACCAACAAACGCUCACUCUUUGUCCUCCUCUCACUCCUCUUCCUCUUCCUGUUAUCCUUUAACGGCGCCUCCAUUUUCUCCGUCAAGAUUCCCUCACUCGCCGUUAACUCACCGGCAAAACCCUCAAGAAACCUCAUCUCUGUACAAGAAGACACCACCUCGGACGACGUCGUUUCGUCACCACCCCCUCCCACCCCCACCACCACCGCCGCCUCCGCCGCUGCCUCUGCGACCGCCGGAGAUUCAACAAACUUCGUAAACCCUAAUUACCCUAACCCUAAUACUUUCUUACCGCUUUUACGUAAAUCUCACAGUUUCGAGAUCGAAUCGGAGAAUUUAUCAGCCAACCGUAACAAGAAGCUCUUAAAACUGCUGAUCGGAUAUUCCGGCCGCCGGAGAAACAACUUUCCGGCGAGAGUGAAACAGUUUUUCACCAAGAACAACGAAACGACGUCGUCAUGUCACAUCCGGUUCUUCAUGACGUGGAUAUCAUCCUUAACCUCAUUCAACGAACGCGCGUUUCACUCGAUCGAAUCAAUCUUCAAAUCGCAUCCAAACGGGUGCCUUUUAAUCGCAUCAAACUCACUGGAUUCGAUCAAAGGUCGACAGAUAUUACAACCCUUUGUCGAAAAAGGCUUUCGAGUGACCGCAAUAGCGCCAGAUUUCAACUUCUUGUGCAAGAAAACCAUGGCGGAAACGUGGUUUACACGCCUCGUUAGAGGUCAUAUUCGUACGGGUAUCAUUCCGUUAGGGCAGAACAUAUCGAACCUGCUUCGGCUUUGUUUGUUGUACAAAUACGGUGGCGUUUAUGUAGAUUUUGAUGUGGUAAUAUUGAAAAGUUUUAGUGAACUAAAGAACUCAAUUGGGGCACAAUCAGUUGAUCAAGGUUCAAAGAAUUGGAGUAGGUUGAAUAAUGCGGUUAUGGUUUUUGAUAAAAUGCAUCCUUUGGUUUACAAGUUUAUUGAGGAGUUUGCAUUGACAUUUAAUGGGAACAAGUGGGGGCAUAAUGGGCCUUAUUUGGUUUCUAGAGUGGUGUCCAGGGUUCAAGGGAGGCCUGGGUAUAACUUUACGGUGAUGCCGCCUAUGGCGUUUUAUCCGAUGAAUUGGGACAGGGUUCGGGUGCUGUUUCGUGGGGCGAAGAAUGAGUCGGAUGCGAGGUGGUUGAAGGUGAAGUAUGAGCAGAUUAGGAACCAGAGUUAUGCACUUCAUCUUUGGAAUAAGGAAAGUAGAGGGUUGGAGAUUGAAGAAGGGAGUAUUGUUAGGAAGAUUUUGUUGGAUCAUUGUGUUUUUUGCAAUAUAUCUAGUACUGACUAUAAUCUGACCACUAGUGAUUAGUUCAUUCUUUGAUUCAUGAGUUUGUGUUUUUAGUUGUACAUGUUGUUAACUCAAUAAGAAGAUGAAGAAUUUUGAUGUUC